UUCAAAACGUGUUGCAUUGGAUUUGGCCUUCUUGCAUUCGCCCCGGCGAUCAUCGCGUGUUUCCGCCCCUCAAACUGUCGGUUUUCGAUGUCCAUGGCUUAUAUCAGAUAUGUGGUAUAUAAUGUGCUUGGGGCAGUGUUCUACCUCGGCCGAUUGCCGGAACGACUCUUUGUGAAAUCACGAGUUAGCGACGCUAUCCUGCAUCUCAUUCUGCUUGGGUCGGCUCUCACCUUCUCCGUCACAUUACUCAACGCAUAUGAGUCCCCUAAAAACCCUGUCGGGAUAAGGUGUGCGUGGUGGGAUUAA